AUGGUGGAGAAACCCAGAAAUUCAGAUUACGCACCUUCAAUGAUUUUUCUGCCAUCGCCGACAUGGAAACCGAUCUCUUCGAUAAUUAUGCUUCUUCUAGAUGUCGUUGGACAAAUUCGCCUCAUAAGCGGAGAUAACCUUCGUUCUGCCAACGGAGACGCAACUCAAGUCCUAGGCGAUAGAACAAAAGAUAGAGUCUUCUUGCACCUGCAUAUGAAAGAGUGCAGUAACCUUGAGCUCAACAUCAGCGACCCGUCUAUUUUUCGAUACAGACAUUGCAGAAACUAUAGAGUUCAUGACAUUGUCUGCUUCCAUACUUCACUGUUGGGUGGAGACACAGAAAGCAUUCCAGAAAUCACUUCCUCCUCUGCUGCUAUUACCAAAUUAGAGAAAGUCACUCUAACUGAGAUCUACCAAUUCAUCAAAAAUGAAACACCACAUUUCCAUUUGAACCUCCGUGAUGCGAACAACGACACCGCUACGUUCGUCCUAUUCGACCCAGAUGCAAUGAAACUUGCCGGAAGAAGUGCCACUGAUGUUCUAAAUGACACCAUUGAGUUUAAUCUCACGUACGUUCACGUUCAGGUUGAGGGCGAUAAUAAAGCUCAACAAACCAACACAAAAAUACCAGAGUGUCUGAAAAAAAUUAUUGGCCGGACCUGCGAAUUCCAAAUCAAGCUUACCACAUACAACUUUCAAACUUCACGACAAACAAUCACGGUGUCACGUAUUGACUAUUGUAGACGACAAUGUCGACCUCAACUCCACAUCCACGGAAGAAACCUUGAACGUUGA